ACUCCAGCCUUUCGUUUGUCAACACUAGUCAAUUCCUCUUCAAGCAAUCUGAACCGUAGGAUCUUGAUUCCGACCCCAAACCCAUUUCGGUUGCACAGCCUGAGAGCUCUUCCAUUUCAGCUCAACCCAAAUUCCCUCAAAAAAAAAAUCGAUACUUUGACGUUACCUAUAUAUAGAGAAACAGAGGAUUAGAAGUUUCCUACAGCAAAAAUGGCAGACCACUCUGAUGAUUUAGACCAACUUCUUGAUAGUGCUUUGGAUGAUUUCCAGAAUCUCAACCUUACUCCUCCUUCUCAAAGGGGAGGAGGAGGAGAUGGUGAAGAAAAGAAGCCAGAAUCUGGUUCUUUACCAAGUGGGGUUCAAGGGUUAGGAAUGGGAUUACCUGACUUGAAGAGCAAGAAAAAGGGAAAGCAAAAGGUUUUAAGGGAAUCCCAUGUCACAGAGGCUCUUGAUAAACUCAGAGAACAGACCAGAGAGACUGUAAAAGGAUUGGAAUCAAUGUCGAAACCUGGCGGAGAUGAUCUUGGUAAGGAUGCAAUGAUGGAGGAUUGGGUCAAGCAGUUUGAGGAGCUUGCUGGGUCUCAGGACAUGGAAUCCAUUGUGGAGACUAUGAUGCAACAACUUUUGUCUAAGGAGAUUCUUCAUGAACCCAUGAAGGAAAUUGGAGAAAGAUACCCACAGUGGUUAGAAGAGCAUAAAGCCAGUUUGAGCAAAGAAGAAUAUGAACGUUACUCUCACCAACAUGAACUGAUUAAGGAGCUUAAUGGAGUCUAUGAAAAUGAGCCUAAUAACUUCACCAGGAUUGUUGACCUCAUGCAAAAAAUGCAAGAAUGUGGUCAGCCACCAAAUGAUAUUGUGCAAGAGCUUGCUCCUGAAUUUGAUUUACCUAAUCUUGGCCAGCUAUCCCCAGAGAUGCUAGAGUCACAGCAAAACUGUUGUAUAAUGUGAGGCAAUAUCCUGUUGCAGACUUGGUGUCCUUCUAUUCAAUAGAUAUUCUUUUAAUACAUUGCUGGGAAAUAAAGUAGCUUCCUUGAACUUUUAAGUUAUUUGAUCCUCAAAGAAAUUACAUGCUCAAUAUUUUGAGCCUAGUUUUCAUAUUAAGCUUGUUUAUGAUUAUGGGGAAAGGGUUUAUGAGUUAUGACCAAGGUUUGGUGUGCGACUUGCUUGGUGAUUCUUUGAAAAAUAUUGGUUUACAUUCAAAGGGUUACCUCAAAAGCACCGCAUGUAUAAAUACAAUCAUCCUUUGAGUAAUGUUCUCUUCCCCUCCCCCUUUCUUUUUCUCUUACUUUA